AUGGAGCUGCUGCGGACCAUUGCUUACCCGCCGGGUGGCGGCGGCGCCAAGUGCUGCGAGGUGUCGCAGAGCAGAGCGGUCGGCGGCGAGUCACGGAGGAAGAAGGCAGAGGAGCAGCCGCACCAGCACGCCCACCCCGUCGCCGAGGUUUCUCGGAUUAUAACCGAUCCCACGACGGGGAAGCGCUACUGCCGCGGCAAGGUGCUCGGAAAGGGUGGUUUUGCCAAAUGUUAUGAGAUGACAGAUUUGACAACAAAUAAGGUUUAUGCUGCAAAAAUCAUUCCUCACAGCAGAGUAGCAAAACCUCAUCAAAGGGAAAAGAUUGAUAAAGAGAUUGAGCUGCACAGAAUGCUUAAUCAUAGACACGUUGUGCAGUUUUACCAUUACUUUGAAGACAGAGAGAAUAUUUACAUUCUUCUGGAGUACUGCAGUAGAAGGUCAAUGGCUCACAUCUUAAAAGCGAGGAAGGUAUUGACAGAACCAGAAGUACGAUACUACCUCAGGCAAAUUGUGUCAGGGCUGAAGUAUCUUCAUGAACAGGAAAUCUUGCACAGGGAUCUUAAACUAGGUAACUUCUUCAUUAACGAGAACAUGGAACUGAAACUGGGUGACUUUGGCUUGGCAGCUAGGCUGGAACCGCUGGAGCAUAGGAGAAGAACAAUAUGUGGAACACCAAAUUACCUCUCUCCAGAAGUGCUCAACAAACAAGGGCAUGGCUGUGAAUCUGACAUCUGGGCCUUAGGCUGUGUAAUGUACACAAUGCUGUUGGGAAGACCUCCAUUUGAGACCACAAAUCUUAAAGAAACGUACAGAUGUAUAAGGGAAGCAAGAUACAGCCUGCCUUCAUCUCUCUUAGCACCUGCAAAACACUUAAUAGCUAGCAUGUUGUCAAAAAAUCCUGAAGAUCGGCCCAGUUUAGAUGAAAUAAUUAGACAUGAAUUUUUCUUACAGGGCUUUACACCCGACAGACUUUCUGCUAGCUGUUGUCACACUGUUCCUGAUUUUCAUUUGUCAAGUCCAGCUAAAAAUUUCUUCAAAAAAGCAGCUGCUGCUCUCUUUGGUGGUAAAAAGGAUAAAGCCAGAUACUUCGACACACAUAACAGACUAGCUAAAGAAGAUGAAGAAAUCUACAAGCUCAGGCAUGAUUUGAAGAAGACAUCGAUAACCCAGCAGCCCCACAAACAGAGAACAGAUGAGGAGAUCCAGCCUCUUAUCACAGCAGUAGCAAAGCCGGGAACGUUGCCAGAAACUAAGCAGUCUGGAGACUCUAUUCGAAUGAUAGUCAGAGGAACUUUGGGAAGCUGCAGCAGUAGCAGUGAAUGCCUGGAAGACAGUACCAUGGGAAGUGUUGCUGAUACAGUUGCAAGGGUAUUACGAGGAUGUCUGGAGAACAUGCCAGAAGCAGACACCAUUCCCAAAGAACAGCUGACAGCAUCCUUCCAGUGGGUUACAAAAUGGGUGGACUACUCCAACAAGUAUGGCUUUGGGUACCAGUUGUCAGAUCACACUGUUGGUGUCCUUUUCAACAAUGGGGCACAUAUGAGUCUUCUGCCAGACAAAAAAACAGUCCACUACUAUGCUGAGCUGGGGCAGUGCUCUGUCUUCUCAUCCGCAGAGGCUCCUGAACAAUUCAUUAGCCAAGUAACUGUACUGAAGUACUUCUCUCACUACAUGGAAGAGAACCUCAUGGAUGGAGGAGAUUUGCCCAGCCUAAUGGAUGUACGCAGACCCAGGCUUUACCUCUUACAGUGGCUGAAAUCUGAUAAAGCAUUAAUGAUGCUCUUCAAUGAUGGCACAUUUCAAGUGAACUUCUAUCAUGAUCACACGAAAAUCAUCAUUUGCAAUCAGAGUGAAGAGUAUCUCCUUACCUACAUCAACGAAGAGAGGAUAUCCACAACGUUUCGUCUGACAACUCUUCUGGUUUCUGGAUGCUCAUCGGAACUAAAACAAAGAAUGGAAUAUGCUCUGAACAUGCUGCUGCAGCGAUGUAACUGAUGGGGAUGACUCCGUUAAACAAACGGACCUUCUUGUUCACUGUGAAAUCUACAGUGGGGAUAUUAGAGCAACUAGUAUGUUGGUGAUGGAUGUGUGGUGGUACGAAAACUUAACUGUUCGAGUGUGCUGGGCACACAUCUAUUAGACAGAAGUGUAAGCAUACUCUUGGACUAAAGUGGUGUGACAAGGAGUUCUUUGGACCAUAAUUUUCCUUGCUUUGUGUGUGUGUUAAAGAUAUUUUUGACUUGAACUCAGCAGAUUGAGACUGCCUGCUCCGUAAGAGCAUUUCUGAUGGAGUUAAACUGUGAAUAUGCAUCUGGAAAGGGAGGGGAGAUUUCUGUUGUUGUGGAAUAGCUGUAAUAAGCAGCUUCUGGUUGCUUAACUGUGAACUAUGACCAUACUCUUCUUUCCCUUAUUUUUCAAAAAUACCCACACUUGUGGCUAGCAAAGUGCAUUCCUUGUUAAUAAUUUUUUUUAAUUUAUUACAGCCUAAAGUGAAGUAUUUAUUACACAACUUUUUUUUGAACCUUGGCAUUUUAAAUAUAAAUCCGUUGGCAAUAAAGAGAAUGGAAAUCUGAAGCAUUCUCCACACUUUUUUACAACACGACAUAACAGGUUUGGCAUUACCAAACAUCUUAUGCCAUUUGAAGAAGUUUAAUACAGAUCAGGAUAUGAACAACAACUUUUAACACUGACUGGUUUCUCUUCUAUUACAAGUGCCAGUAUGCUGCUGCUGGUUAUAGAAAUAGCCCUAAAGCAACUACUGAUGGAGCUUGCAGAGUAAUACACUUUUUUUCCUAGGGGCUAAAUC